AUGGCAUCUGGUUUGAACAACCUAGACCUCAUUUCAAACAUCACCUGUCUGACCUCCAAAAAGAAUCAUGAGGAAGCCUUGCGAAUCCUCAAAAAGGUCGCCACUAUGGUACGACCCAUUAUGAAGGUUCACGGCUGGAAAACUCAUACCUUAGCAGAGUUUUACCCAAAGGGCCUCCUCGGCAUGAACACCAACCGCGGUUGGAAGAUCCAGCUCUGCCUGCGCUAUCACCACGACGAGAAUUUGUUCUUGCCUUGGGAGGAAGUCAUCGGGACCAUGCUGCACGAGCUCGCCCAUAAUAUACGCGGACCCCAUGAUGCACAAUUCUACAAGGCCCUGGACAGUUUGAAUGACGAAUACGAUAAAGUGAUUGCUUCUGGGUACACUGGGCUUGGUUUCGAUGCGGCAGGACAUCGCUUGGGAACAAAGCAUGGUGGAUUUGGAACUGGCGGCACUCGUCUUGGUGGAGCUUUAGGUGAUAGUACCAUAACGGGAGCCACUCGGGCUGCAGCGGUCCUUGCAGCAGAGAAGCGACGACAGGUGAACGAGAUAAUGUUGCCCGCUGGCGGGCGUCGAUUAGGAGAGGGCUCAAAGAUGGGUUCGACCUCAAAGAACUUUUGGGAGCAGUGGCACAGUCCAGGAGAGCUGGCGGCGAUGGCUGCAGAACGGCGCGCCAAGGAUCAGGUCUGGUGCGGGUCGUCGGCUACGAGCAAUGUCGAGGCUGCGACCAGCAAUCAGCUGGAGCCGACUUCAACAUUUAGCACGCCUCAAAGCCAGCAGAUGGAGCCUCUUACUAAGCACAAGCGCAAAAGUGAAGCCGAUCAGUGCCUAGGAUCGAGUAAUGCGCAGGGAAAGAAAUCAAGAGAUGAGCGUCCUCAGAAAGCAUUGGAGCCCUCGCAGUCGCCCACGGCAUCCGUAUCUUCGACAUUGGCAAGCACAGUCACUCGCUGGUUCGAGUGGGCAUGCCCCGCAUGUACGCUUCUGAACAGACCACUUGCUUUACAGUGCGAUUGUUGCCUAACAUUGCGUCCCAUCGAUCUAGACGCCUAG